GAGAUGAGGAACUGUGCAGUGCUUUAUCAGACGGAAACCUGGCUAAAAGACAACAUGCCUGACCCAGCUUUACACAUCGACGCCCUUGGAGGCGGACUAUGCGUCUAUAUCAACAAAGCAUGUCAAUAUACCGACACGGGGAGAUAACAUGCUGGAUCGUGUGUACAACCAAUAAGAGAGACUCCGACCAUAUCUCCAUCAUGCUGGUGCAUGUCUAUCGCCCCCUGCUCAGACACCACGCACCCACACAGAGAACCAUCACCGUGUGGCCCAGUGAUGCUGUCCCCACACUGCAGGACUGUUUCCAGUGCACGGACUGGCAGAUCUUCAGGGAAGCAGCUGUCCAUGACGGAGAGGUAGACUUGGAGGACUACACAGCUGCUGUCCUUGGAUACAUAGAGGUCAGGUCUCUGCUAGAAGCCAGGGAUGCUGCUUUCAGGUCCGGUGAAAGAGUUGCACUCGGAGUGGCGAGGAGAAAGUUGAACGCCGGUGUGAAGAGGGCCACGGCCGCAUACACUCGGAGGAUCCAGGGUCAGUUCUCGUCCAUCCGUGAAAUCCUACGCCCGCUUCGACGAUCCGAACAUCCCAGCACCAGGCUUGCCCCUCCACCAGGAGAAGAGCUGCUCAGUGUGACCACAGCAGAGGUGAGGAGGACCCUCCAAAGGAUCAACCCACGUAAAGCUGCUGGUCCUGACAACAUCCCUGGGCGGCUGCUGAGGGACUGCACACACCAGCUGACGGAGGCACUGACAGACAUCUUCAAUACCUCCCUCCAACAGGCGACAGUCCCCACCUUUCUGAAGACUGCCACAAUCAUCCCUAUUCCCAAACCGUCCACAGUGACAGGCCUGAAUGACUAUCGGCCAGUAGCCCUCACCCUGAUAGUCAUGAAGUGCUUUGAAAGACUGGUCAUGGUCCACAUUAAGGACUCCAUUGACGUCACUGAGGACCCACACAAGUAUGCAUACAGGAACAAAAAAUCCACAGAGGACGCCAUCUCCUCUGUAGUUCACACAACCCUUACCCACUUAGAAGAGAAGGACUCCUAUGUACGCCUGCUCUUUGUGGACUUUACUUCAGCUUUCAACACCAUCAGACUGCAGUCCCUGAUACAGAAGCUCAACAUUCUUGGACUGCGCUCCACCCUCUGCAACUUGGACUUUCUGUCAGUCUGUCUGCCGCAGUCUGUGAGGAUCCAUGGCGUCUCCUCCUCCUCCGUCACGCUCAGCACCGGCUGGAGGGACAGCAGUGGAAGUGAUCUCCAGCUUCAGAUACCUGGGAGUACACAUCUCCAAUGACCUCACCUGGAGAACCAACACUUCCUGCCUGAUCAGGAAAGCACACCAGCGCAUCUACUUCCUGAGGAGACUAAGGUACGCUGGACUGGGGAGCUCAGUCCUAACCUCUUUCUACAGAUGUGUGGUGGAGGGCCUCCUGUCCUCCUGCAUUAUCGUGUGGCACAGCAACUGCUUGGCUGCAGAGAAGAAGGCUCUGCAGAGGGUGGUGAAGGCUGCACAGAGGACCGUGGGACACACUCUCCCCACCACCACGAAUAUCUACACCGCCAGAUGCAGGAAACGGACCCCCUGCAUCAUAAAGGACCCCACCCAACCUGCAAAUGCUCUUUGUCUGCCUCCCCUUAGGAAGUUGGCUACAGAGCAUCAAAAGCAGGGCCACCAGACUGAGGAACAGCUUCUUCCCUGAAGCUGUGAGACUGUUGAACUCCGCUGUA